AUGCUGGAUGUGAUGAGCGGUACACAUUUGGUGAAUGAAUCGUUACUGAUUGAAAUCAAUGAAUUUCUCUCCAGCGCUUUCCUGUCCUCAAACGAUUCAUCGUCGCUUUUAAUGUCGAUUCGGAAGUAUACUCUACCGUUAGAAAAUUUACUGAAAUGUUUUUUGCUGGAUCGUAUCGUGAUUGUGGCGAAUGAAACGGAAAUGGUCGAUAGAGCNAAAAUUCGACAUCCACCGGAUUUUGUUGAUGGAACGAGCGGACGUAUGGAUGGAGCAAGACAUCCGGUAUCACGAGAUAACACGUUCGUGGAUUUGAAAUAUCUCACGUAUGGGUUCAGUUUCUUGCAAGAUGCCGUCGAAAGGGCGUUGAUUGAGCUGGCAACAGGUCAACGCGUUAAAACUGGUCUAUUCGCUCAACAGGAGCCGUAUCCGUGUACUGGGUAUGAUAGGUGA